GGCGGGGAGCGCGCUCCUGCGGCGGCGGCGGCGGCGGCCGUCCUCAUCCAGGCCGCCCAGCACUUGAGUGGACACGGGGCUUCGCAAAUGGCUUGUCCUGCCCUCGGCCUGGAAGCUCUUCAGCCCCUGCAGCCGGAGCCGCCCCCCGAGCCCGCCUUCUCCGAGGCGCAGAAAUGGAUCGAGCAAGUAACUGGCAGAAGUUUUGGUGAUAAAGAUUUUCGGACAGGGUUAGAAAAUGGAAUCCUUCUCUGCGAGUUGCUGAAUGCUAUAAAGCCAGGACUUGUUAAAAAGAUCAAUAGAUUGCCUACCCCCAUCGCAGGAUUGGACAAUAUCAUCCUAUUCUUGAGAGGUUGUAAAGAGCUUGGCCUUAAAGAAUCUCAACUUUUUGACCCGAGUGACCUCCAGGAUACAUCAAACAGAGUAACAGUCAAGAGCCUUGAUUAUAGUAGGAAGCUGAAAAAUGUAUUAGUUACCAUUUACUGGCUGGGAAAAGCAGCAAAUAGCUGUGCGUCCUAUAGUGGAACUACGCUGAACUUGAAGGAGUUCGAGGGAUUAUUGGCUCAGAUGAGAAAGGAGGCUGAUGACAUUGAGAGUCCUAAGCGAAAUAUCCGCGACAGCGGCUACAUCGACUGCUGGGAUUCCGAGCGCAGCGACUCCCUCUCCCCUCCCCGGCACGGCAGGGAUGAUUCCUUCGACAGCCUGGAUUCCUUUGGCUCCCGUUCCCGGCAGACGCCUUCCCCCGAUGUAGUCCUCAGGGGAAGCAGCGAUGGGAGAGGAAGUGACUCUGAAUCCGACUUGCCACACCGGAAGCUGCCAGACGUGAAGAAGGAUGACAUGUCUGCCCGGCGGACUUCCCAUGGUGAGCCGAAAUCAGCAGUGCCUUUUAACCAAUACCUCCCCAACAAAAGCAAUCAGACGGCCUAUGUCCCGGCUUCUCUGAGAAAGAAGAAAGCAGAGCGAGAGGAAUACCGGAAGAGCUGGAGCACCGCCACGUCCCCCCUGGGUGGGGAGAGGCCCUUCAGCUAUCCUGAAACGAUAGAGGAAGAGGGAAGUGAAUUGGGGUCUCCUUGGGAAGAGGAGCCGAUUGACCAAAUGGACCUUGGUGGGAAGCCUUCUGAUGGUGGCUUAGAGGUGCCCAGUGGUGGUGGUAAGGAGCAGCUUCCUCCAGACGGGGCCGUGGUGGCACCAGCUCCCAAGCCUGGAGACAGGGAUUCUGCUGAAAUCCAAAAGCGCAAAAGGCUCGAACAAGCUGGAAUCAAGGUCAUGCCAGCAGCACAGCGCUUUGCCAGUCAAAAGCAAUUAAGUGAUGAGAAGGAAGCUGUUUGUGAUAUUAUCCUUCGCAAAGAAAACCCUUUCCUGACCCACCAGCCUAGCAAAGAUUCAGAGUCGGAAGAUGAAGUUGCAGGUCGACUGCCUGAUCUUGAGAAAGAUGACUUUGCUGCAAGGAGAGCAAGGAUGAAUCAGACCAAGCCAGUGGUGCCAUUGAAUCAGCUCCUCUAUGGGCCUUAUCGAAAAAAAGAGGCAGAGAAAUCAGAUGGCAACAAACAACUCUCAAAGGGAAUCUCAGAAAAGAAGAGUCUAGAAAAUAAAAGAAACCAGGGCCAAACAGAAGAAAUCAAGUCAGCAGUGACCUGUGUUACGCGGGGUCGCGGGUGUGAACCUGCAGAAGAAGGAUCUAGGAAGAAGCCUGAUCUUUACAAGGAUGACCUGGCACAGCGGAGAAUUCAGGGAAGACUUACUCCUCACCGUGAGGCUCCGAGCUUUGUCUCAGUCUCCAAGAUAACAGAAGCCGACUUGGAGACCUGGGAGAGACUCAAAGUGUCAGAAAAGACAAGGGAUGGAGAUGUUCAGCACAUCUGUGCCCCCGAGCCUUCACCAGAAAUCAAAGCAGAAACUGCUCUCCAUGAUGACUUUGCCAGCCGUAAAGCAAGGGCCUAUAAGAAAGCUUCCAGCCCUAGGCAGAAGUUUGUGCACUUUGGACCAGUGACAGAGAUAGAUCAGCAGAAAUGGAAGCGGCUCAGCAUUGGCAAGGCUGGCUUGAGGGAGGAUGUAGACAAGAUCAUCAGUUGUGGCAGCAAGAGUCAAACUUACUCUGGGUCCCCUGCCUCAGUGGCCACUUCCAACUUAGAGGAAGAACAAAUGCUUAAACCACAGAAAGACUGCAGAAUAGUGAAUUCAGCAGUAGAUGACUAUUGCAAAAGAGUCUCCUGGCUGGCUCCUGUGUUGCAUGUGCAGGAGGAGAACGUCUGCAGGUUGGGGGAGUGCUCAAGGAGCCCAGAUAAAGUUACAUCCAAACAGCUGCCACCAGAUGGCAAAGAAGAGAGUGAAGGAGUUGCUCAAAGAAAUUCUGAGAUGCCCCCAAGGGCAGAAAGAUCAGAAGAGAGGAGCCAGCCACUUCCGUGCCCUCGGGCUGAAUGGGAGGCUUCCGGGGCAGAAGAGAACUCCGAGAAGAUGACAGCACCUGCCUGGAAUGGCAGUGGACUGAAAGGCCAAGCAAAGUUGUUCGACUCGCGAAAGGAUGACAUGAUGGCCAGGAGAACUGGGGUGUCUCUUCGACACACCAGAUCCAACCCAAAUCGGUUCCUUCCAGUUCCAUUUGCAAAACAACAGGAUAUGGAGGAAGCUGCCAAGGGUAUACCAAUGAAAGAUAAGAGAUACGGUCCGCGAACUCCUGUGUCUGAUGACGCAGAAAGCACAAGUAUGUUUGACAUGCGGUGUGAUGAGGAGGCCGCGGUCCAGCCGCACAGCAGGGCCCGCCAGGAGCAGCUGCAGCUGAUAAAUAACCAACUGAGGGAAGAGGACGACAAAUGGCAAGAUGACCUGGCUCGUUGGAAAAGUCGCAGAAGAAGUGCUUCUCAGGACUUAAUCAAGAAAGAGGAAGAAAGGAAAAAAAUGGAGAAGUUACUGGCUGGAGAGGAUGGGACUAGUGAGCGAAGGAAAAGCAUCAAAACCUACAGAGAAAUUGUUCAAGAAAAAGAGCGGAGAGAGAGAGAGUUGCAUGAAGCAUAUAAGAAUGCACGGUCCCAAGAGGAGGCAGAGGGGAUCCUUCAGCAAUACAUUGAGAGGUUCACCAUCAGUGAGGCUGUUCUUGAACGCUUGGAGAUGCCAAAAAUCCUGGAGAGAAGCCAUUCAACAGAGCCAAACUUAUCCUCCUCAGCAAACGAACCCAACCCCAUGAAGUACCUGCGGCAACAGUCACUGCCUCCGCCCAAAUUCACUGCCACUGUUGAAACCACCAUUGCUCGUACGAGUGCUCUGGAUGCCAGCACGUCAGCAGGCAGUGGGGCUCCAAGCAAAACUGUCACUCCCAAAGCAGUGCCUAUGCUGACACCCAAGCCUUAUGCCCAGCCCAAAAACUCUCAAGAGGUUCUGAAGACCUUUAAGGUAGAUGGGGAAGUCAGCAUGAAUGGAGAAAUGGCUCAUGGAGACGAGGAGGAGAAGGAAAGAAAAUGUCCCACAGUGCCAUUUGCCCCUUCAUUAACCAAAUCCCAGAUGUUUGAAGGGGUGGCCAGAGUGGAUGGGUCCCCGGUGGAGCUGAAACAAGACAACAGUAGCAUUGAGAUCAACAUAAAGAAGCCAAUUUCUGUUCCCCAAGAAGUGACAGCAAACAUGGAGGAUGCUGAAUUGUAUUGUCCAGAUGAUGAGAAUGAUGGUGGGAAACCAGAAAAAGGAAACACAGAACUUGCCUCCUCAGAGCCACAGCAUUUUACAGCAACCAUGACUCGGUCCAGCCCAACCGUGGCCUUUGUGGAGCUUUCCUCCAGCCCCCAGCUGAAGGACACUGUGCCAGAAGAAAAAGCCCAGAAGAAACCAGAAAAUGAAAUGAGUGGAAAGGUGGAGUUGGUGCUGUCACAAAAGGUGGGAAAGCCAAAAUCUCCAGAACCGGAAGCAACCCUGACAUUUCCAUUUCUGGACAAAAUGCCUGAAACCAACCAACUACAUUUGCCAAAUCUCAAUUCUCAAGUAGAUUCUCCAAGCAGUGAAAAGUCCCCUGUAACUACACCUUUUAAAUUCUGGGCAUGGGACCCUGAGGAGGAACGCAAGCGACAGGAGAAAUGGCAGCAGGAGCAGGAGCGUUUGCUCCAGGAGAGAUACCAGAAGGAGCAGGACAAACUGAAAGAAGAGUGGGAAAAGGCCCAAAAGGAGGUGGAAGAGGAAGAGCGCAGAUACUAUGAGGAGGAGCGCAAGAUUAUUGAAGACACUGUGGUUCCAUUUACUGUUUCUUCAAGUUCUGCAGACCAGCUGUCUACAUCCUCCUCCAUAACUGAAGGCAGUGGGACAGUGAAUAAGAUGAACCUGGAAAACCAUCAAGAAGAAGGGCAAGAGAGAAGAGAGAAGAAAUCAUUCCAGGGAGAUGACAAUGACUUAUUGCUUAAGAAUAUGGAAAGUGAUCUAUUGGGAGAAAAGAGGAGCCUAACUCAGGAGGCCUUUGCCCAUUCAGAGAACGCUGUACCAAAAGAAACCCAUCAGGACCAUCCGCUGGAUACAGAAGCUGGGGCUCCGCACUGUGGGGUGAACCCACAGCUAUCUCAGGAUCCAUCCUGGAAUCAGCAGGUAUCAAAUCCACCAACGCACAUUUCGGAAGAUGUGAAGCCAAAAACCCUCCUGCUGGAUAAAAGCAUUAACCAUCAGAUUGAGUCUCCGAGUCAAAGGCGGAAGACAAGCCCUCAAGAAAACUUCCAGGCUGGGCAUUUGUCCCCUUGUCCCUCCACCCCUCCUGGCCAGUCACCAAGCAGGUCUAUAAGUGGGAAAAAGCUUUGCUCUUCUUGUGGACUUCCUUUGGGUAAAGGAGCCGCUAUGAUCAUCGAGACCCUUAAUCUCUAUUUUCAUAUCCAGUGCUUUCGGUGUGGCAUUUGUAAAGGACAGCUUGGUGAUUCAGUGAGUGGGACGGAUGUUAGGAUUCGAAAUGGUCUUCUAAACUGUAAUGAUUGCUAUUUGCGAUCCAGAAGUGCUGGCCAGCCUACAACAUUGUGAUGUGGUUUUCAAGCUUCCAGAUUACUCACCGUUUCUUUAUUGAGGGUGUCCCCUAGCAAUCACUUAACAAAAGUCAAGUUGGGGGCUUCUAGCAUUCAUCUAACUUCAGAAAGGCUGUUCUAAAAGGUGGUAUUUGUUCUUUUGUAGCACUGUGUGUUUUUCUUUCUUUUUUUUUUUUUUCUUUCUUCUUUCUUUCUUUUUUUCAUUUGCACAGUAUAUAAAGGAGAAAAUUGAAUUAAGAUCCCAGAUAGUUCAAAAGGUUUCUUAGCAUGGUCAAACUGGCUUAUGGUUUAAAAUGUGUUAUUCUCUUCUUUGAGAAUUAAUGCGAUGAAUGAUGCAAUAAACCUGUUUUGUUUUAAUAUUUUAGGAAUUAAACACUUUAUGUUUACAGAAUUGAGCUGCAGAAAGUGCAAGACAUGCCAAUUUGAGACGUGUGGUCUUCUAAGAUAGCAUAAGAUUAAUGCAUUUCAGAAACUAAACCCCCCACCGAGCUCUGUCUCUGAGCUAUAACUUGUUUUUAAUGCAAAGACACUAGUCUGAUAAUAUAUAUUGUAAUCCCAAAACUUUUGUGUUACUUACCUUUUGAGGGUAGAAGUUAUACCAAUAAAUUAUUGCACCGUUAGUAGUAGAUUUUGUGUACCUUGGAAGUAAUGUCAUUAACAUAGGCUGUUUCAUCAAAUAAAGGGAACCCUUGUAAUAUCUGCUAGACUUACACUCUAGGACAUCGCCUGAGGGGAGGAAAAAAACAGAGGGAAAUAUUUCAAUUAUCACUUCCAAAGUUAUUACCAAAAUCUGUGAGGAAGUUUAAUCUUCAAAAGAAUAGUGGGUCAGGGAUCACCGUGAGGUCUGCAUCUCUUACUUCUUUUCAGGAUCUAGGGUAGGAGUCCUCAAUAAGAGAUUUAAUAUGAGGCAGAAGGAAGAUGUCAUCGAAAUAAGUCCAUCAUCAGGAGUGACAACUCCUCACCCUUGCCUGCAAGUUCUCCUUGAGGGCCUGAAGUACAGGUGUCUAAGGAAAAGCUUUAAGUCCAUCCACUUAGAUUCCCAAAUGACAUCAUGAUGUCAUAAGCCACUGGUGUGUGAUCAGCAAGAAACCGACAGCUCAGAUUGUGCCUGCUCUGGUAGAUACACUCUCUGCUUCCUUCUUCCACAACACCGACCUCUCUUCACUAGCAGGAAUUCUGGACCUUGCCCGCAGAGAAGUUUAGAGAGGAACUCUUGUCGAGAGCUCAUUUGUUUUCUGCCGUGUGUGAUGAGUUGCAGCUGGCCAAGUAAGGAGUCACCUUACUAAAAAAGCACCAUGUUCUAGAUUCAGGCAGUUUUCUUUAAGACUGGAAAAAGAGGAACUAUUUAUUCUGCCUUAAAAUGAUGGCAAACAAGUGACAAUUACAUUUUGUGAAUGUAGCUUUUGGAGACACUCCUAAUAGGUUAAUGUAGUCAUUAAAGGAGGUCAAGUUGAUGGUUUUCUAAUAUGGAAGCAGUAAUUUUUUUUUUCUGUGUCUUAUUGAGUAUGGCUAGCAAUUAUUUAUUUACAUGCUAGUGAGUUCUUUGCAUGUGGGUUCCAUAUGUGAGCAGACAUUUCCUCAGCCACUGGAGGUAUUUUUUUCCAUAUUGUCAUUUGGGCGAGCUGUUGUUAGAUUGAAAUUUACACAUCAUUUCAUUAAAAAUUGUGCCUUAGAAAAAUGCGUUGCACAUAAUCUGUGAUGAAUUAUGGAUGCAGUACAUUGAAGAGAGAUGAAGUUAUUUCCAAAUCCCCUACACUUCUUGUGGAGGUGUUUGCUGUUUUACAGGGGAAAAAAAAAGCAAAAAAGAAAAUGAAAAAAAGAAGAAAAUUUUUAAAAAGGAAAAAAAAGUUUUGCAAAUGUACAGAUUAAGUCCAAUAUUUUGAUUAGCCAUCUGCAUGUUUUAUUAAACAUUUUGAUAAUGUGGAUGUUUACACUUUGCAUGAUAUUAACAGAGUACUUUACCACAAAUAAUGCACAAAACAUGUACGAUAUGAUCAUUCAUAACUGGUUUUUAUAGAAUACUUUUUACAUGUGGAACUCCAUCCGUUAUGUAAGGAACAUAUGAAAAUUGCACAUUCUCUUCUAGUUUCACAAACCCAUUUAUACAUAUUUCUUAGUGAGACUCAUUGUACAUGUAUUGAAGCUAGAAUUGAGUCAAGAAAAAUAAAGCCCCAUUCUCCAACUGCAAAAUGUGCUUUCCCAUAAUGAACACUAGUCACCAGCACAGAAUAAUCUCCAACAUUUUCUAAAUUCUAAUUGCCAACUGUUUCUAUUUAUAUUUGAUUUCUAUUUCAUUUGGAGUCUAUUACAUGGCAGCUUAGGCAGACUACAUCUUGUUUUUUCCCGUGCAGCAUAAUGAGUAUGAUCUAUUUCUUUUCAAAUAAUCUUUGAGAUCCCAGGAAAAAAAAUGCUCUGCUCUGUUGAGCUAUAAUGUAAAUGUGUUUGUUUAAAAAAAAGAUGAGGCAAGUGAGUGAUUUAUUGUUCCUGAGGAAGUAUAUCUGAUUUUUUUUCUCAUACUCCAAAUCCUAGUCCCUUCUUAAGAAAACAUGGGUGACUUGUUUUUCACUAGCAAACGUUCAUGCCAUUGCCUCAUUCUUUCUAUGUAGUGUUAUUAAAUGCAAUAUAUAUUAUAGUUAUCUAUAUGCAGCUUAAGGUUUAACAAACUGAAAGGAUCCACCUCAUAUGUGAGUCCAUCCAAAAGAUGUUACUGUUCUGGGUGGGCCAAUGUUCUCUAUAAUUACACUAACCUUCAUUUACAAUAUUUAUUCUAAAAUGCCUCUGAGAAAUAGUAAAACAAAAAUAAAAAGUUGUCUAAAAUGCAACAGCUUUUAUAGCCAAUGUACAUUUAUAAAUAAAAUACUUAAAUCAA